AUGCCUCGUCUUGUUUCUGCCUCUAGCCUCGCAUCCACCCUCCGCACCACCUCGACUCGCUCGAUCUCCACCUCGGUCCCCCGAGCUUCCGCCGUCGCCCUCCGCAACGCCGCUGCCCAGAAGCAGAGCAUCGCCAAGGCCCCCGCCUCCAAGCUCGCCUCCGCCGCCUUCUCCACCUCUGCCAGGAACAUGGCUGGCCACGCCGGUAUCGGAAAGGGCGAGGACAAUGUCCGACCCCCUCCUGACCAGGUCCUCCAGGACAUUGCCGACUACGUGCACAACUACGAGAUCACCUCGCAGAAGGCCUACGACACCGCCCGCCUCUGCCUGCUCGACUCGUUGGGAUGCGCCAUGGAGGCGCUCAAGUUCCCCCAGGCUGCCGCCAUCUGCGGCCCCGUUGUCGAGGGAACCGUCGUCCCCAACGGUGCCCGUGUGAUCGGCACCAACUUCGAGCUUGACCCCAUCCGGGCCGCCUUCAACAACGGCGCCCUGAUCCGAUGGCUCGACUUCAACGACACCUGGCUCGCCGCCGAGUGGGGCCACCCCUCGGACAACCUCGGCUCCAUCCUGUCGGUCGCCGACUGGAUCAGCCGCACCAACGUGGCCAACGGCAAGGCUCCCCUGACUGUCCAGGAUGUCCUCACCGCCGCCAUCCAGGCCCACGAGAUCCAGGGCAACCUCGCCAUCGAGAACUCGUUCAACCGUGUUGGCCUUGACCACGUUGUCCUGGUCAAGGUUGCCUCGGCCGCCGUUGUCUCGAAGCUGCUCGGCAACACGCGCGACCAGACUGUCGACGUCGUCUCGCAGGCGUUCGUUGACGGUCAGUCGCUGCGUACCUACCGCCACGCCCCCAACGCCGGUUCGCGCAAGUCGUGGGCCGCCGGUGACGCCUGCUCGCGCGCCGUCAACCUUGCGCUGCUCGUCAAGAAGGGCGAGGGCGGCUACAACUCGGUCCUGACGGCCAAGACCUGGGGCUUCUACGACGUCCUGUUCAAGGGCAAGGAGUUCAAGUUCCAGCGCCCCUACACGUCGUACGUCAUGGAGAACGUGCUGUUCAAGCUGGUCCCCGCCGAGUUCCACUCGCAGACGGCGGUCGAGGCCUCGAUCAAGCUGCACAACGAGAUCAAGAAGCUGGGCAAGUCGACUGACGACAUCAAGAAGGUGACGAUCAGGACCCAGGAGGCCGCCGUUCGCAUCAUCUCCAAGUCGGGCAAGCUCAACAACUACGCCGACCGCGACCACUCGCUGCAGUACAUUGCCGCCGUCUCGCUGCUCAACGGCAAGCUCAACCCCGAGGACUACUCGGACGAGGCCGCCCAGGACCCGCGCAUCGACGAGCUGCGCAACAAGAUGGAGGUGUCCGAGGAGCCGCGCUUCACCACCGAGUACCUCGACCCCGAGAAGCGCUCGAUUGGCAACGCCGUCACUGUCGAGUUCAACGACGGCACCGUCCUCGACGAGGUCUCGGUCGACUACCCCGUCGGCCACGCCCGCCGCCGCGACGAGGCCGUCCCGCUGAUCAAGGCCAAGCUCGAGAAGCACCUCCAGGGCCACUUUGACCAGCAGACGAGCGACAAGCUCGUGUCGCUCCUGACCGACCACAAGUCGCUCACGGCGCUCCCCGUUCAGGACUUUGUCUCGCUCUGGCUCAAGAAGUAG